UUACACAUAUACAAAAACUCCACUCCCAUCCUUGACAUGAUAAAACCCCUAAUACAUAACCCUUACGCCAAUACAAAACCCUCAAAGCAGAUAAACGCAACAGUCAACACACAUAAACACAGAAAAAGUAAAAAAAUCGACAUCGACUGUAAGGCUUUUCUGUGUAAUGGAGGAGGCACAAGAAUCAAACCCUCACCCAAUUUCAUCAGUUGAGUGUGAAGAGUGCAAGUCAAAUCCAUGGAAGUACAAAUGCCCAGGUUGCUCCAUACGCACUUGUAGCCUCCCAUGCGUCAAUUCCCACAAGCAAAGGACUGCUUGUAAUGGCAAAAAGUCCCUCACUCACGCCCUCCCUCUUUCUCAAUUCGACGAUAACCUCCUUCUGUCAGAUUAUAAUAUGCUUGAGGAUGUUAAAAGAUUUGCUGAAUCUGCAAGAAGAAUGAGACAGAGGCUGUGUGGCUACUCUCAUUUUAAGCUUCCUUUCCCUCUUAAAAACCUUCGUAGAGCUGCAGCCAGUCGCAGAACCAAAAUAAACUUUCUGUCCAGUGGAAUGUCAAAGAGGGAGAAAAAUCAAACUUAUUACAACAAAAGGAAUAGGUUCAUAUCUUGGACAAUUGAAUGGCGGUUUAAUUCAACAGACGUCGUGUUGAUCGACCAUGGAGUACAUGAAAACACAAGUCUCUGCUCUGUGCUUGAGACUCAUUUGAAACCUGGCCCCUGGAAUCAUCCACUGAAGCAAUUUUGUGAAGAGUCUUUGGACUGUCUUAAACUUUUCAUUCGCAAACAUCCAAAGGGUUCAAAAUCACCUUUUUAUCAGUUAAAUACAAAAGCUCCAUUGCGUGAGCAACUAGCCAAUAAAGUUAUUUUGGAGUACCCUGUCAUUUAUGUUUUUCUGCCAUCACACAAUUAUGAUUUUGAAGUAAUCAAAUAUUCCGUUCCUCUAAAAGUUGAGCCAAAAGAGUUGGAUUGUGGUGAUAGUCCAAGUCCCAAGGGAGUGAUGUUCAGGGAGGAGGAUGUAGGGGAUGGUGGAUCAUCAGACCCACACAUUUCAGAUCUCUUGAAUUGUGCCAGGUUAAAUCCAGCAUCAUCCCAGACCUCUAACAAGUCAUUAGACACGUCAUCAUCAGUUGUUGAGGGCAAAGGUGAUCAAGACGUAGUUGGUGAUACAUGCAUAACGUUUGAUUUAGAAGUUUUGUUAAAGAAAGAGAAGGAUCUGACAGGAGAAAAGCAUUGGUCAUUGCUUGAUGACGUUUCACCAAUGGAAGAUGAAUUAGAGGAAGGGGAGAUAGCUCCACUUUAAUUUGUCAGUUCCUUAAGCUGAUCACGUUGUCUACCUUCGACUUCGACGCUGGAGUGUUAGUGGAGUAAAAUGGUUUGCGUUGGUAUACCAUGAUUCAUGUAAGCUGCAGUAUCUGAUUUGAGGCUCCUUAUAAAUUCUUCUACAUUGGUGAUAAUCAAUCAUAUUAGCUAUCUUAUGAGGAUCUUGGGUUUGAUUUUUCCCUGACGAGCUUUUUCUGAGAUGUGAAAGAUCCACCAGACAAUGUCUUGGUCAAUGUUUGAUUCAUGUACAACAUUGAUUCGACAUGGAAAAAAAGGUUUAGAAUCUGAUGCAGGAUGCACUUUUCAUUUUUUAGAUGUUACAUAGAAGCAGUGUGUACCCUUUGUAGUUCAGUUAAGCUGAUGCUAGAUAAUAACUUGAGCUUUGUAUUUGUAUGUGAAGUUCCACAAUCAAGCAAUUUUAUAACUCUA